AACAUGUGUAUUAAAUCUAGGAAAUUGUACUUCAAAUUAAUCAAACCUUAAUUUAAGGUUAAGAGAGAUAAUCUGAAAUUAAACUUGCUUAAAGAAGUGAUUAAGAAUAAGUCAUUCCAACACCCGCUGUAAAGGCAGUCGGUAGUAGUCGGCAGUCGACACUCGACACUGGCACCCAUCACUCUCUUUAUUUCUCUCUCCUCUCAUCAUCUCCAUUAAAACCCCAUUUAAUUCUUCUAAGUUUCAGCUCCAAAUCUGGAACUUCUUCAACAAGUAUCACGUGGGGAUAUAUUUGAGAGGGUAGUUGCGGUUUUGGUAAGGGGAUGGCGAUGGGGAGGUAUUCGCGGAUUGAUGGGAGGGGGAAAUCAUCAAGCUAUUGUUCGACCAUUGUUAUCGUUGCGCUUGUUGCAGCAUGCUUAGUAGGGGCCUGGAUCACGAUGUCCUCAUCAGUAGAUUCUACUGGAAAUGUUAGGGAAUCUGUAGGUUUGACAAAGGAUGUCAAGCAGAAAGUGAGUGAAAAAAGUUCUAAGGAGUUUGAGGAUAAUUCAGGUGACUUGCCUGAAGAUGGACUUAAGGGGAAUGUUGACCAGUCCAGUGAGAGGGACGAUAGUGACUCGAAAUCACAGGGAAAUGAAAAUGUAGUUCAGGAAUCUGAGAGUUCGGGUGAAUCGGGUCAGGAGGAAAAGCCCGAGAAAUCGGGUUCUGAUGAUGAUGAGAGGACUGAUGUCAAUAAGGAAAAGGAAGAAGUUGAGUCUGGAAAGAAUGAUGAUGCCAAAAAUGUGGAAGAAGACUCAAAAACUGGAGGAGAUGAGACAAAAAAUCAACCAGAAUCUGAGGAAAAUGUUGAUGAUAGUAAACUUAAAACUGAGGAAAGUGAAGAGAAAUCUGGGUCAGAGGAGAGUUCUGACACCACUAAGGAGAAGACAGAUGAAGUGAAGGAUGAAUCCGAUGGUCAAAGCCAGGGGCAAGUUGGUUCGGAAAGCGGUUCCAAGGACAAAGCAGAGUUACUUGAUGAAACUUCCACUCAGACCGGAGCUUGGUCAACUCAAGCAGCAGAGUCAGAUCAACAGAAAGUUUCUGAGAAGUCUUCGUUGUCCAAGGAUCAACAGGCAUACAGAUGGAAAGUUUGUAACGUCACUGCUGGACCGGAUUAUAUUCCUUGCCUUGACAACAUUCAAGCUAUUAAAAAACUUCAUAGAACAGGUCAUUAUGAACACCGUGAGAGGCACUGCCCUGAUGAAGCUCCCACCUGUCUCGUUCCUCUGCCUGAAGGGUAUAAAACUUCAGUGAAGUGGCCUAAAAGCAGGGAGAAGAUAUGGUUUGCAAAUGUUCCCCAUAUCAAGCUUGCAGAAGUCAAGGGACAUCAGAAUUGGGUACAAGCUUCUGGGGAGUAUAUCACAUUUCCUGGUGGUGGGACUCAAUUCGUGCAUGGUGCUACACGUUACAUUGAUUUCAUCGAAAAGACUCUUCCUGAUAUUGCUUGGGGGAAGCGAAGUCGUGUUGUUUUGGAUGUAGGAUGUGGUGUUGCUAGCUUUGGAGGAUUUCUUUUCGACAAGGAUGUACUCACUUUGUCACUGGCUCCCAAAGAUGAGCACGAAGCUCAAGUGCAAUUCGCACUUGAAAGAGGAAUACCAGCUGUAUCUGCAGUCAUGGGUACAAAAAGAUUACCCUUCCCCAGCAACGCCUUUGAUAUUGUUCAUUGUGCACGCUGCAGGGUCCCGUGGCAUAUUGAAGGUGGCAAGCUACUAUUGGAACUGAAUCGUCUCUUGCGGCCAGGAGGCUAUUUUGUAUGGUCUGCAACUCCAGUUUACCGUAAAGAUGAGGAGAACGUGGAAAUUUGGAAAGCUAUGUCCAAGCUAACAAAGUCAAUGUGCUGGGAGCUUCUGAAAAUUGGAAAGGAUACCGUGAAUGGAGUAUCUGCAGCAGUGUAUCGAAAACCUAUGUCCAACGAUUGCUAUGAGAGUAGAACGAAGAAUGAACCUCCACUUUGUGAAGAAUCUGAUAACGCAAAUGCAGCCUGGGAUGUACCAUUGGAGGCAUGCUUACACAAAGUACCAACAGAUCCAUUAGAACGCGGGUCUCAAUUGCCAGCUAAGUGGCCAUCAAGGUUGGAUAAAACUCCUUACUGGUUAAAAGACUCUGAGGCUGGAGUUUAUGGCAAAGCAGCUCCCAAGGAUUUCAAUUCUGACUAUAAGCACUGGAAACGUGUUGUUGCUGAUUCAUAUAUGGACGGUAUUGGCAUUGAUUGGUCUUCGGUGAGAAAUGUGAUGGACAUGAGAGCUAUAUACGGAGGAUUUGCUGCAGCCUUGAAGGACCUGAAACUGUGGGUGAUGAAUGUAGUUCCUGUCACCUCACCAGACACCCUGCCGAUUAUAUUUGAACGAGGUUUAUUUGGAAUAUAUCAUAAUUGGUGCGAGUCAUUUAACACUUACCCAAGAACUUAUGAUGUUGUUCAUGCUGAUCAUAUAUUCUCUGAUCUCAAGAAAAGGUGUAAGCUUAUGGGGGUAAUGGCAGAAGUAGACAGGAUUUUAAGACCAGAAGGAAGUCUGAUAGUGAGAGACAAUGCUGAAACCAUAGCUGAGAUAGAAAGCAUGGCCAAAUCCCUACAAUGGAAGAUCAAAUUCACUUUUACAAAAGAUGAAGAAGGAUUGCUUUGUGUUCGAAAGACAAGAUGGCGUCCCUCUGACGUAGAAACUAUUAGAUCAGCCAUAGCUUAAUUAGCUUCUAAUGCUUUCUGGUUAUUAUCAUAGCUUGAGGAAUAUACACUGUUCUGGAAGAGUUAUUCAAUAUUCUUUAAUUGAUGUAGCAAUAUCAUAGUUUGUCAAAGAUAGCUAAAUUGUUCUAGAAUGUGUUUUUUUUUCAUUGUUGAUGAUGUACUUAACAAUUUAUAUUCCACUAAUCCACUUAACCCUUGUAAAUUGAGGGAAAGUGGGUUUAGUAAUUGUUAUGUUUUGCUCUAAGAUGAAUAAUGAUUAAAUUAGUAAAGGUGUCUUCUCUUUUGUUCCUCAA